AUGGCACUUUCUGUGCCUGUGACAAUAAAGACUACUGAGCAUGGUGGUAAUGGAAGAUUUGACUAUGCCGUGUCAGCUAUGCAAGGAUACCGUGAAAAUAUGGAAGAUGCUCAUGCAAUUGUUCUAGAUCUUGAUGCUGCGACUGCCACAUCAUUCUUUGGUGUUUAUGAUGGCCAUGGAGGACCAGCUGUAGCAAAGUAUUGCGCGAAACACUUACACAUUGAGCUUCUCAAAUUUCAAGAGUUUCAUGACAAUCUUCCUUAUGCAGUGGAGAGAACGUUCUUAAGAAUGGAUGAGAUGUUGAGAGACAGGAGGGCAGGGUGGGAAUUAUCCAAGUAUGGUGGUAACGAACAAUGGAAAAAAUAUAGAAGAAAUCUUCUCACCAGUUGUUUUUUACCUCUCUGUGUGCAGAGGCCUGCAUAUGCGGGGCCAGUAGGGGAUGGAUGUACUGCGUGUGUGGCUCUCAUUAGAGGCAACCAAAUCAUUGUUGGAAAUGCUGGUGAUUCUCGCUGUGUACUCUCAAGGAAUGGUCAGGCAAUUGAAUUAUCCACCGAUCACAAACCAAACCUUCCAGCCGAAACACAGAGAAUACAAGAUGCAGGACAUGAGGUAGCUAUGUCAAAUAGAGGAAACAUCCAUCGUAUUGAUGAUGGAAUUGCGAUCUCGAGAGCAAUUGGUGACCUGAGGUACAAGGAUAAUGCCAAUUUGAGUCCCCAAAACCAAGCGGUGACUGCCUUACCUGAAGUUCGCUCUGAAGAGAUAACCGAUGAUACUGAAUUUCUUGUUAUAGCAUGUGAUGGAAUCUGGGAUUGCAUGACAAGCCAGCAACUGGUUAAUUAUGUAACGAUAUACAUGAAUAAUAACGUAGACCUGUGGCGCAUCUGUGAGUCCCUUCUUUCGCACUGCUUAGCACAACCUAGAGGGAAGGACAACAUGUCUGUCAUACUGGUUCGGUUCAAUAAGCCCGCCGAAGGUCGCCCCGUCCACCAACGUGUCGCCGGCCACCCUGGGGUCUUGUCCUCCAACGCGCCAGCGGCCGCCGUAGCGCCCUCCGCCCCCCAACAUGCCGCCGGUCACCCUGGGGCCCUGUCGUCCUCCAUCGUGCUGCCGCCGCCGCCAAACGUGGAGCACACUGUCAGCUCCGCCCCGCCCUCCGUCAACUUGGGCGGUGCUGACGCUGGCCCCAUCGCGGGCGGAGUCUACGACCAGCUCCCCGAGACACAGCGCUCCAAGAGCUCAGAGCUCUGA